AUGCUUGGUUCAUCCAUCUUCGUUGCCCUCGCGGCUGCCGCCGGGGCCAUCGCCUCCCCUCUCGACCUCAUCACGCGGUCGACCCCCGCCGGCACUGGCACCAACAACGGCUUCUUCUACUCGUUCUGGACCGACGGCGCAGGCCAGGUGACGUACAACAACGGGCCGGGCGGGUCGUACGACGUGACGUGGUCGAACGUGGGCAACUUCGUCGCGGGCAAGGGGUGGAACCCGGGAGCGACGCGGGUGAUCACGUACAACGGGACGUGGAACGGGGCCAACGUGAACAGCUACCUGUCGGUGUACGGGUGGACGCGGAACCCGCUGAUCGAGUACUACGUGGUGGAGUCGUUCGGGACGUACAACCCGUCGAGCGGGGCGCAGAAGCUGGGCUCGGUCGAGAGCGACGGCAGCGUCUACGACGUCUACCGCACCCAGCGCGUCAACCAGCCCUCCAUCGAUGGCACCUCCACCUUCUACCAGUUCUGGUCCGUCCGCCAGCAGAAGCGCGUCGGCGGCUCCGUCACUAUCAAGAACCACUUCGACGCCUGGGAGAAGGCUGGCCUCAAGCUCGGAACUCACAACUACCAGAUCCUGGCUACUGAGGGCUACCAGAGCAGCGGUUCUGCCUCUAUUAAUGUCGAGCAGUCCUAA